AUGAGUAUGGUUCUAUACGUGAUCUGGGCCGUGGCCAUGUCUGCCCUCUCAAUCAUCACUGUUGUCGGCAAUCUAGCCGUCCUCCUCUCCUAUUAUAUCGACAAAAAUAUUCGCCAGCCGGCAAACUAUUUCAUCUUUUCGCUGGCCAUUUCGGACCUGGUGAUCGGUUUGGAGGGUAUCCCAGUGUAUACGUACUUCUUCCUCAACAACGACCAAUGGAACUGGGGCCCAUUUCUAUGCGAUUUAUGGCUCUCCAUAGACUACACCGUAUGCCUGGCUUCCAUUUACACAGUGCUCGGGAUUACGGUGGAUAGGUAUUGCUCAGUGAAGAUGCCGGCAACCUACCGGAAUUGGCGGACACCUAAGCGGGUCAUGCUCAUUAUUGUCGCCAUUUGGGUGGUCCCCUGCGCGCUCUUCACAAUCUCGAUCUUCGGGUACGGUGCGAUCACGGGAAAGGGGCGGAUACAGGCCGAAAACGAAUGUUAUGUGCCGUUCAUGACCGACCCAUACCUUAACAUGGGGAUGUACAUCUCAUAUUACUGGAGUACGCUAUUUGUCAUGCUCUAUUUGUAUUGGGGAAUAUAUCGUGCGGCCAAGAAGCUCGCCGAUAAGAGUGAUCAGAAAACAAAGCGGUUAGCUUUGUUGUCGCAGAUGAGGAAGCCGCAACGGCCUGAGACUCUGUCGUUGAGAACGAGUGAUGCGGGGCGGACGAGCUCGGAUAGCCCACAAGAUACUUCGGAUAGUUUGAGAUCGACGAUAAAUAAAGGAAAUUCAAGAAGAUCCUCACGACCAUCCACAAAACCCAGCGUGAUUUCAAACGAUAAAAAGUCCUCAGCACCACCCGUCGUUAAUCAUAAGCAGCAAAAAGUGGCGCUCGAUACAAACCAUCUGGGCAACAAUUGCAACAACUUACAGCAUGCUAGAGUCUCUACAACUUCGAUAAUCCAGCAAAAACCCUCGGCCGAAUAUAGCAAUCCAGGAUAUGCAUCGGACAGAUCAGACAAGGGGAAUCGUGAAAAGAGUGCGCCGACUUAUCGAAAUGUUUAUAGGCAGGAAUUAUCGUCGGUUAUUGAAAGAGAAAGCACAGCUCCUUGCGUAAGCCCGGAAGCUUCCGAUCCUGAUGUAGAGCCGCUAGCCAAUCUAGAUUUUAAACCUGAUGUUAAGUUUCCCUUUAUCGAUGCUGAUAGUCUAUCAUCACUCGUUGGGACCGAUGAUUUGAGAAGAAAUGGGAGUGUGAUUAGGACAGAAGUGAAUGUUAGUGAAGUCGAGACAAUAUUUACAGAAAAAGAGGAAGAACGAGACAGCGGAAACGGGGAGAGCACCGAACGGGAUCAAAAUGACAUCCAGCCAUCGCGGACUGUUACGUCGGGUGGAUCGAUGCUUCUCGGUACUUUUUCGGAUACCCCACGAACAGAUGCUGAAGAUCAGGUAAUUGUGCCGUUGAUAGCCGUCUCAAGGGUUGAAAGCGUCAAAUCAACCGGAAGUCGGAUGCGGCGGUUGUUAUCUGCUGUAAGGUCUAGAUCGGUCAGGAAGAAGAAGGGCCAUCACUACAAGUCCAAAAGCGAGAAUCGAGCACGAAAAGCCCUGAGGACAAUUACCGUAAUUCUCGGAGCUUUUACGUUAUUUUGGACGCCAUUCUUCUUGUUGGCUACGAUAAUCGGCUUCUGCAAGAGCUGUGAUGCGAAUGCCUCUUUCAAACUUCUCUACUCGAUCUCGUACUACCUCUGCUAUAUGAAUUCCCCAAUCAAUCCAUUCUGCUAUGCAAUGGCCAAUCAACAAUUCAAAAGAACCCUCACCCGAAUAUUCAAAGGCGAUUUUCAUCGCGCG